AUGCCCGAAACCCCUUCGGCCCUGAACAUCCACACCCGGCCCAGAUCCCAGAUCCCAGAUCCCAGAUCCGUCAGCAUCCAAUACAUUCAUACAAAAUCAGCCGGCCCCAGCGAAUUAGCUAGGCCUCCCGGUAUCGACCCCCAUGUAAGAUCUUUCAGCCCGGAGGGGCCCCUCAGCAUCGCCGCAUCGGUCUUCCCCAACAACCGCGCUUGGUACAUGGGUGGGUUAGAGCUGCGCUGCCAGUUUACUGGGUGGAAGUGGAAGUGGAGUUGCUUCUUCGUAACGGAACGAGGAAUCCUUCGCGCCGCUGAGCCUGUCGACCAUGCUCGUACAACAGGCAGCGCAGCGCAGGGAUGA